GGUUAUUCGGUUUGGACGGGAAUCACUGAAAUCCAUGCUCAGCCCUAUUUGGGACACCUAUGUAGAAAAACACCAUGGUUUUUCUCACCUUAAUUUUUUAUUAUCUUUCUCCAAAAUAAUUUAACUCCUUUUUUCUCUUGAAAAAAUAAAUAACUAAUUAAUAAAUCUUGACACUAAUAGUUUUUUUAUUUAUUAAUUAGCUCCAAAUAGAGUUUUAAGUUAUUCACGAUUUUAUAAAUAUUUUUUUUCAUUAAUUAUUUUUUUUUUAAAUAGCUAAAGUGAUUGAUGGAAGCAACAUGAAUACAAUGAUUGAUUCUUAUGAACGUUACGAGGAAGAUUUGAAGCAUCUAAAGGACCUCGGGGUGGAUGCUUAUAGAUUUUCCAUUCCCUAGACCAGGAUUUUUCCUGGUAUGUUCUUGGUAUUAAUUACUGUUUUCUUCUGAUUAUGUUUUUAUUAAGAAAUUUGAGCAAGUUUCUUUUGUUGGUUAAAUAAUAUGUAGAUGGAUCCUUGAGUGGUGGGAUGAACCAAAAGGGAAUCAAUCACUACAACAAGAUGAUUGAUAUAUUGAUGGAAUAUGUACAAGCUUAUAUAUCUCACAUAUGAUAUUGCAUUUCUAACAUUGCAUGAUAUUUUAUUUACAUUUUUAGUAAAUCUUUAAAUUAGGUAUUAAACGUUUAAUGACUCUGAAUCACUUCGACUUUCCUCAAGCUUUAGAGGAUAAAUAUGUCGGCUUCUUGAGCAGUUCUAUUGUGGAUGAUCUCAAGGAUUACAGUGAAUUUUGUUUUAAGACAUUCGGAGACAGAGUAAAAAGUUGGAUUACAAUAAACGAGCCACUAAUAACAGCAAAGCUUGGGUAUGACCUAGGAAGUGCCCCGCCAGGCAGGUGUUCAGAAAGAGAAGAAUGUGCAGCUGGUGAAUCGUCCACGGAGCCUUACAUUGUGAUCCAUAAUCUUCUGCUCGCCCAUGCUACUGUUGCCAGGCUUUAUAAGCAGAAAUAUCAAUGGAGAACAAACAUGGAGUUCUUAUAUCUUACACGAUUUUUGAAUAACAUUACCAUUAACUGGCACAAGGCGCACCCUCAAUCUGCAGGCAGAACAAGGGAGAGAAAUUGGAUUUCUCUUACAGGACAACAUUAUGAACCGUAUUCAAACUCACUGGACGAUAUUGCUGCACAAGAAAGAGUCAUGGACUUUGAGUUGGGAUGGUAUUUGGAGCCAUUGGUAUAUGGUGAUUAUCCUAGCAUCACGAGAGAAUUGGUGAAGGACAGGCUCCCAACUUUCACUGAGCAAGAAAAAGUGUUAGUGAAGGGCUCCUUCGAUUUUAUUGGCAUAAACUACUAUACAUCAAAUUAUGCCAAAAGCAUUUCAAUAGAUCAAAAUGCUACAGCUUGCAGAUAUACUCACGACCAAUUUGUAAAUGCCACAUGUUAAACCUAAUUUCUUUAACGUGUCUCCUCCUCCUUUUCAAUUCCUCUCCCUCUAUAGGCUAUAGCCAUUAAAUGAUAUUCUUCAUGUUUUGUGGCUCCACUGGAGGAUAAAGAUGGAGUUCUGAUUGGUCCAAAGGCUGAAGGGAACACAAACAUAUAUAUCUACCAGAAAGGGCUUCAGAAACUACUGGAGUUCAUCAAGCAGAAAUACCAAAGCCCUAAAAUCUACAUCACCGAGAAUGGGGUUCCCGAAAAACGAGACGAUAAUCGUGGCUUUAUUGAAGCACUGGAUGAUCAACAUCGAAUCGAGUAUAUUCAGCAGCAUUUGUACAGGAUCCGCGAAGCAAUUAAGAAUGGGGUGAACGUGAAAGGAUAUUUCUACUGGAGUCUAUUUGAUUCCUUUGAAUGGUUAGAAGGAUACACAAUAAGAUUUGGGCUGUAUUAUAUAGAUUACAGUGACAAUCUUUAGCGCAUUCCCAAAACUUCUACAUUGUGGUAUCAUGAUUUCUGGCAAGGUGAUAGAAGACAGAGCACGAUAAUGCAGACAAGGACACAACGAACAUCGAUGCAUAUGUGUGUGCGUGUUCUAAUACCCUCUGUAUUCCUGCUAAAUCUAAUGGGUGCACAGAAAAAAGGUCCACAUGAAAUAUCCUGUUUUCGACAUCAUUGCAUACGUUUGUUUACAUUUAUUACUUGAUAUUCAUUGUACUCAA